UCCCCCUCUCUGGAGCUCACCUCUCCUCAAAUGGCUCUGCAGCGAGCACCACUUGUUUGUAUCUGAAACUAUGAUCUGAGAGCAGCCACUCACAUGAGAGCAGGGAAAGGCACAGCCAAUCACAAUGUUCAGAUGUGUUCGGGGGCGGUACGACUCGAGGAGAGAACGCGAUUUAACCCUUUCGGCAUGUCUAUGUUUAUACUGACAGCGCAAUGUUUUUAAGUGAAUUAAAUUACUGGUGGGGACAUUUCGGUAAGUUGUGGAUAUUGCUGGGGACACGUCCCCACCGUCCACCCUAAAUUUACGCCUCUCUAGUGAUGUCAUUCGUCGAGGUGUCAGAUCAGCCCUCCCGAUUCAGCACUCAGGAUACGAACAGAUGAGCUAAAACUUAAAGAGCAUACGCACGAGAGCAGCUCAUUCAAGCGAGCAGUGUUCUUCGGACGACACGAAAAUUAGAUAGCAAGUUCGUUAUUGAAGCAGAUUUUAGCUUUGACACCGCUUGAACACUUUAAUCGGCGCGCGAAAAAAGCGCACAGUGCAGCAACACCGGCAGCUGGAGAAAGAUGUUCACGGGGAAAGAGCCGCUUUUCCUCCUCUCCUGGAUCGGGAUCGUACAUCAAGGUCUGCUUGUUGCUGGGACUGAAGAAGUGAAGGCGGUGAGGGGGAAUCCUCUGACCCUACCCAGUGGAGUCAAAGAGUAUAGUAGGAUUAAUUGGAUGAAAGGACAUAAGUACUUUAUCAUAGCUCAAUGCCGAGAUGAGUCUCCACCAUGUAAGACUUUCAGAGAUGGACUACAGAUCGACAGUCAGACCGGAUCUCUCACCUUCAUCAACACCAGUAGUCAACUUAGCAGCCUUUACAAACUGCAGAUCAUCAACAAGACCUUAAGGGCAUCAAAUAAAGAGUUUACUGUUAUUUUCUAUGAUCCUCUUCCCGUUCCCAUAGUCCACAAGUCAGAGAACUCCUCAUGCUCUCAGUGUGUCCUGCUGUGUUCAGCGAAUGUGACAAAUGAGACGACUCUCUCCUGGUACAAAGGAAACCACUUUCUGUCCUCCAUUAAUGUCUCUGAUCCCAACAACAGCAUCUCUCUGCCUGUAAAGGGGAAUUAUGAGGACAUUAAUGAAUACAGAUGUGUGGUGAACAACUCAAUCAGCAACCAGACCAAACACCUCGGCAGAUCUGAACUGUGUCAGUCAUGUGCAGUAACAGGUCUAAACCCAGGUUAUAUAGGACUGAUCUGUCUGCUGCUGCUGAUUGCAGGAGUUGUGAUUUACUGCCGCUGCUGGAAAAGUAACUGGAACAAAACUGGAAAAAACGAGGCUGCUUACCGUUAUCAGAAUGGAGGAACAGGAGGAUCACCAGACGAGUAGGAGAAUCUGGAUUAAUGAAGAACAAUCUUAAGCACAGAUCAACAUGAGAGCAUAAUCUAGUUUUAAAUUCACACACAGCACUGAAACAGCUCUUCUCAGAGUGUUAAACUAUAUAUUUUUCUGAUAUAUAUACACACUGUUAACCCUUACUGUAGAUUAUGCAGUAAAUAACUG